CAUGGGAUUGAAAAGCUGGAUUUUCCACGGAUGUCGUCAGACGAAUUUCAAUGAAACUUCUCUCUACUUUGGUGGUUUGGCCGAAUUUCGGAUAUGCAUAAGUCAAAAACAGGCCACAGCCGGCGUCAUCGCUCUGACGGAUUGUUCUGCAACUAUGCCCACCGUAUCUGCAUGCAGGAUCGUCUGGACGGCUAUGAGUACUGCCUCAACCACAUCCUAGAGGACAAGAAUGCACCGUACAAACACUGCACCUUUGUCUCCAACAAGGGAGGGCGAAGAUGCAUGCAGCCCGCCCACAAAGCUGACAAGCGAGAUGGGUACUGCCGUGAGCAUGCCCAGAAGGUGGCCGUGCUGCGACACAAAGCCAGCCUGAAGCCCUUCCCACGCAACUCGCCCCGUGAGAUCUUGGAGAGUUUGGAUCGCUACCAGCAGGACACGGAUAAAAUGGCGCCUGAGGCCCAAGUGGAGGCCCAGCCGUCCAUAGCUGCCAAAAUCCUAGAUUGCGCCAGUGAAAGCGAGAGUGAUGAGGAUCCCAUGCAAGUUGACCAGGCGUGGCGGGGAACCACAGACAGUGAUGCCGAGAGUGUGGACAGCGAACAGGAAGAUCUUCUCAAGCACGCAGGAGUCUACACCCCAGAGGAGGUUGCCCUCAUUACCAGGGAGAAGCUGAUUCGUCUGCAGUCUCUCUACAUCAACCAGUUCAAGCGUCUCCAGCAUCUGAUGAAGGAGAAGCGCCGGCAGUUCCUGGUGGCCUCUAAGCAGGAGAAGGAAACCAUUGGUUCGGGUCUAGGCAGCUUCACCACCCCCAAGGAGAAGCGCAAGAUCCUGAGGCUGCAGGCCAUGCGGUCCUACCAUCACCGGCACGGCCGGGAGGCCCUGCUCCACAAGCGCUCCAAGCACCGCCGCAUCAAGGCCACGCCAAACUACAUGGGGCCUCAGAGGGUCAGCCUCCCCGCCCAGUGCAAGCACAGCAGUGGGGAAAAACAGUGCGGAAACCCCGCCCUGCCCAUCACUGGCUUCUGCAUGGAACAUGUGCUGGAGGACACACACCAGGUACUGUACAUACCCUGCACCAGGGGUCGCGAGGCCUGCGCCUACGCAGCAGAUCCCUUGUCCCUGGAGAGCACCUGCCCACUGCACACGCCCGUUGCUCCCGAGUGCUACCGAUUGGCCAAUCAGCAACUAGAAGAGGAAUACGAGCAGGAGAAAAACGCGACAGCAGCCAUGGCAGACCACGACUACCUACAGAAGCCCACAGAGGCCACUGAGGUCACCGAGGACGACAUCGAUGUACUGGGCUUAUCAGGUGACCAGAUGCACUUACUGGGGACUGAAUCAGUUGCACAAGAUGCACAAGAGACUUGCGCACCGCCACAGACCAGCACUGCACAGACUCAACAGGUACCAGAAGAGACACCAGUUUCGUAUGCCGGGACGUGAUGGCACUUGGUUAUCUACUUCUUACAUUACGAUUAUGCGUGUUUAAUGUUGCGAGCUCACCAGUGUUUUUUUUUUUAUCAAUUAUCUUGCGUGCCCCGCUGUUUACGCCUUAAACUGUUCCCAACUGCCCUACAGUUUUAACACUACACAGUAUGAUAAAGCUAAACAAGAAUCAUUUCUAUGGGGGGGAUUCUUGACAACUUUGUUUGAAAUUCAUAUAUGUUUUAGUGCCGACAGGUUUAAGCUCUGCAGCUUUUUGCCGAUGUCCAUAAAAACUGCAACUGUUCAGCAAGUUUGGAGCCCACAUUUGGUGUCCGAAUAUGCUUCAAGUUGAAUGAAAACAUUUCAAAUUCGUCUGCUCACAGUGUUUGUCACCUGAGCUAAUUGUAAGUGGGUUUAAUCAACAUUAUUAUACAUGUACAUGUACUUUUUAUUACCUUCCCAGCAUAAAAAUUGGCAUUUGAUUUUUAUGUAUUCGAUGCAACUUGCUAAACAUUGUCGUGAGUGUACUUAACAUUAAAAGAAUACGUUCAAAAAAAAAA